AUGUUAUACGCCCUCACAAAAUUCGGUUUCUAUAUUGAUCCGACCAAGAAUCCUAGACAUCAAUUUCAAGCAUCGUCGCCUUUAACACAACCCGCACCAAUUGUAAAGAUUGAAUCAAAGCCAGAUAUCAUCAAACAAACCCCUCUAAAUAUACCAUCCUUUACUCCUAUGGCCAAUGAUAUCAAACCGACAAUGCCUGGACUACAGAAUGUUGCCAGAACUUUAUUUGCCGAUGAACCAAAACAAGAAACAGUGAAAGAAGACGCUCAACCAAUACAAUCUCGACCAGUUGCACAGACAUUAACUCAUAAACAGCCACUAGUAACCAAGCAACAACUACCAACUUCACAAGAUCAACCGUCUACAAUCUCUACAACUGUUGCAUCAGCUCACACUAGGAGUGUCCUAAAAGUAUUAUUGCAAAAUAAACAAGUCAAUGCUAAUGCAGCGACAAACGCAGUCGUCACAACUAAAUCAGAUACUAACACUUUCAUGGGCCAGAAGAUUUGUUCACCUACUGCUUUUUCUUUUACAGCAUCGACACCUGUAACAUCUGCCUCUAUUACUGCGAAACCAAUAACAGAUAUAAGUACCAUGUUUGGUAAAUUCCAAUCGCCAUCUUUCACGAUGGAAUCCAAGCCGACAAUCAGUGUAACCAAAAAAUCAUCCGAAACAGGAGAACUCGAUCUUUCCGCUGUAAAUCAACCAGAUCUUAAAAAGGAAGACAAAUCACUACCAAAUAUUUUCAGUGGCGAGUCAUUCAUGCCGUUGACUUCAAAUAAACAACCUGCGCCUACAAAAGAAGUGCCUAAAUCUGAAACUAAAGCACCGGUUAAAGUUAUUUUGAAAGCUGAAGAAAAACUUAAAGAGAAUAUACCCGAAAAAUCUAAUGACAGUAUGCUACAAGAAUUAAAGAAUCCACCAGUUGAAAAAAUAGAUGCUGAAACCAAAUCAGGAAGUGACACUAAUAUUUCAAAUGUGUUUGGUAGUGCUAUUUCAUCUGUUAUUACUUCUCCAACUGUAAUUAUGUCUAGUGAAUCUCAAAAGCCUGCUGAAGAGACAACUGAUAUCAAACCCGAAUCACCUGUAGGAACCACUGAAAAAACUGAAGUAUCAACAGCAUCUAGUGCCUCCUCUAUUUUUGCUACAGCAAAUGCUACUACAGAAGUAUCGAAGCCUCAAAGCGUAUUUAGCUCAACAAAAGUUGCAACCACUCAAACCGGUUCUAUAUUUGGUACAGCACAAUCCACACCGGCAACUACAACUACAGAUAGUAAACAAAAAUCUUUAUUUGGAACUAGCACGGUGUCAUCGUCUGCUUCGUCUAUAUUUGGAACAGCAACAGCUUCACAACCUACAACUACUACCCUAUCGGGUUCUAUAUUCGGAACAUCAAAAUCAUCGACAGCUACAAGCGUAUUUGGUUCGAGUUCUACAGGGUCCCUUUUCGGCACCACAGCUGCAACACCAAGUUCUUUAUUUGCUAGCACAACUGCUUCAUCCAGUAGUGAAGCGAAACCAUCGGCUUUUAGUACCGCAUCAACAACCGCGGCACCAGCAUUUGGAUUAACGACAAGUCAAUCCGUUUUUGCUACAUCACCAUCGUCUGUGUUUUCUAAUGCAUCAACACAACCCUCGAUAUUUGCUUCGCAAGCUACGGGUUCUAUAUUUGGGUCAGCGACCACUCAGUCUUCGGUAUUUGGCACAUCCUCAGCACCUACGAGUGUAUUUGGCACUUCUACGACUCAAACAUCCGUGUUCGGUUCACCUACUACUACUGCUUCAAGUAUUUUCGGUACCGCGCCAAGCCAAGCGUCUGUUUUUGGCAGUUCAACUACUACAGCUCAGAGCGUAUUUGGCGCAGCUACGACUACAACUCAAGCGUCAGUCUUUGCAACAAGUAAACCGUCAGUUUUUGGCGCACCUACAUCUUCUAAUCAAGGAUCUAUUUUCGGUGCGUCUUCUACUCAAGCAUCUGUAUUUGGAACCCCUACUCAAACAACUCAAACGUCUGUAUUUGGCUCUCCUACACAAACAACACAAGCCUCUGUAUUUGGAACUCCUACUCAGACAACUCAAGCGUCUGUUUUUGGAACUCCCACACAAAUUACUCAGGCGUCUGUAUUUGGAACUCCCACACAAACUACUCAGGCGUCUGUGUUUGGAACUCCCACACAAACAACUCAAGCAUCUGUGUUUGGGACCCCCACGCAAACGACUCAAGCUUCCUUAUUUGGAACCCCUCCAGCUACGACAGCCCAAAGCGGAUCGCUGUUUGGAACAGCUGAAAGUAAUUUGUUUGCUGCCGCCAGUAUUUCUACUACCAGUUCGACUACUCAAAAUAGUGGUGGAAGCAUUUUCGGAAGUGGGAACACGAACGUUUUUGGUGCUAAACCUUCGUUUGGGCAAUCGAAUCAAUCUGCCGCCUCCAUAUUCGGCGGAGGCGCGGCGUUUGGGCAACAGCCAUCCACUCAAGCCUCUUCAAUAUUCGGCGGGACAACGGGUGGCAGUUUCAGUACCCCAACUCCUGGCGCGCAGCCGUUUGGAAGUCCUCAACAGGCUGCAUUUGGAGGAGAUAAUAAACCCUCCGUAUUCGGAUCACCGCAGCAACAGACUGGUAAUUAUAAAAAAAAAAAACCGCCCAAGUGCGAGUCGUUCACGAUGGGUUCUAUAGCGAAAACGAGCAAAAAAAUCACGUUUGUUGUGUUGGAGCCUCCUUAAAUGUUUAUUUUUUCCAUUUCGUAGUAUUUGUUGUUAUAGUGGCAACAGAAAUACAUCUUCUGUGAAAAUCUCAACUGUCUAAUAACUAUCACGAUUCAUGAAAUACAGCCUGGUGACAGUCAGACAGCGAAGUCUUAGUAAUAGGGUUCUCAAUUUACCCUUUGGGUACGGAACUCUAAAAAUACUGAACACAUUAGUGCGCGUGUUGAUUGAUUUAAAAUCUAUCGCAAUCCAUUUCAUCAUCAUCUAAUCCAGCAAUAUUGUUGGCGUUUAACAAAUAACCCUGUAUAUUAUUUUAAUUAGCUUUAUUACGAGGGUCAAACUGAAAGUUCUUAGAAAAUCAAAAACUGAUUACAUUAGCCAGUUAUUAGUUUUAUUAUAUCUUUUCAAAAUAUUGUCCAUUCACGUCAAUACACCGCUGCAUGCGAUGGAACCACUGGGAAAAGCACUUUGCCCACUCGUCCUUAGGGGUCUCUUCAAUGGCAUCGCGAUACGCAGCCACCGCUUCUUCAGCAUUCAUAAACCGCUUUCCUUUAAGUUUUUCUUUAAUUUUUGGAAAUAAAUAAAAAUCACAAGGCGCGAGGUCGGGGCUAUACGGCGGGUGACCCAGUAAUUCAACGUUUGAUGUCGCCAAAUAGUCGAUCGUUCGCUUGGCGGUGUGCGACGAGACGUUGUCGUGGUGAAGGAGGAUCCUACUGCGAGGUCGUUUCUCUCGAACUUUUUCCAAGACAAGUGGCAAACAAUUGGUAGUGUACCAUUCUGCAGAAACUGUUUUUUGAUCCUCUAACACAAUUGUUGCAAAAUGACCUAUCCUUCCAAAGAACGAGGCCACCAUUUUUUUUCCCGCACUUCGAUCUCUCUUCACUUUAGUUGGCAACUCCUCGAAAGGAAACACCCACUGAGCAGAUUGUCUUUUGGUUUUAGGAUCAUAACAGUAAAUCCAGCUUUCGUCACCUGUUAGUAUGUCGAACACAGCAUUUGAGUCACCUCCGUUAAAUCUUUCAAUCAUUUUACGACACCAAUCCACACGAUGGAGUUUUUGAGCCUCAGUCAAAUUAUGAGGUAUCCACCGGGCGCAAAGCUUCCUGACCGCUAAAUGUUCGUGGAGGAUUUUGUGCACUUGACUCAUACCGAUGCCUAAGCUUGUCCGAAUCUGUUGAUAGGUCACUCUUUUGUCAGUCUCUAUCAUACGCCGCACAACACAGAUGUUAUCUUCAGUCGUCGCCGUAGAAGGCCGUCCCUCACGUAAAUCAUCAGUGAGAUUAGUGCGACCACGUUUAAACUCAUUAAACCAGUUGUAAACAGUCGCACGAGAUGGGGCUUCAUCGUGAAAGGCCAAUCGUAGUCUAUCAUAACUUUCUUGUUGACUUAAAUGACAUCGAAAGUCAUAAAAAAUCAUUGCACGAAAAUUUUCUCGUGUUAAAUUCAUGAUGACGUGACACAGACAAUUUUCAAUUUGCCGCCAAAUCGUAAAACAAAUGACAAAUGAAUGAAAUAUAUACUCAGUAAUAUUGGCAAAGAGUUAUAUUUUCAAAUUUUAGAAUUAUUUUUUUAUUAUAUUGUUUAUAAGUGGCCAGUUCUAAGAACUUUCAGUUUGACCCUCGUAUAAUUAGAGAGAAAAAAAUCGUAUAACAAAUUAUGUGAGGUAACAAAUGACAAGAUGGCGUAAAAACGCCAUCAAUAAAGACUCUCAUGAAAGAAUGGAACUAUGUUGUUUUAAACUUAAAAAUGUACUGUAAUAGCAACGUUUUUAUACUUGUUCCAGCACCUGCUUUUGGAGGGUCUCCCGUGUUCGGUUCUAAACCUGCCUUUGGACAGCAAUCAGGUUUUGGAUCGUCACCGUCAAGUGGUUUCGGUUCCUUCGGUGGUUUCAAUAAAAGUCCCAGUGGUUUUGGGGGUCCCGCUACCUUCGGUGGUGGUGCGACUUUUGGCGGCACCACUACUCUUGGAAGCACAUCCCCUACACUAUUUGGGGGGAAUUCUCCUGGUUUCGGAUCACCAACUCAAUCGAAUGCUACAUUUGAAAGUUUAGCUACUCAAAACACAUUGACAUUUGGCAACUUAGCUCAGCAAUCUGGUCAACAACCACAGGCUGCGCCCAGUUUCAAUACCGAAUAUCAGUAUCAGAAAAUGUUGUAUAUCCACAAUAUGGUCUCUUUGCUUAUAGUGAAGGAAGAUAUACAGAAAGAGCCAGAAAAAUGUGUAAGUUACAAUGAAGAAUUAUCUGGACUCUAUGGUGGUGUACUUCAGAGUCAGACUAAGUUUGCAGCGGCUUGUAUUUCAAAAAUUCUAAGUUUAUAUAAAAGUAACAAAUAUACCAAAAGUGUUCCAACAUCUGUGAUUCUCAUUGGUCAUUCUAUGGGUGGAGUAAUUGCAAAGAGACUAAUGGCGUAUCCAAGCACUCUUGACAAAACUAAUAUAGCAAUCGCCUUAGCUGCACCACUACAAGCUCCCGCUUUGAACACAGAUUUAGCUAUGAAUGAUUACUACAAACUUAUGGAGUUUGAAUGGGACUUGUAUAUAAACAAUGAUCCAUUGACCAAAGAUAGGAAGAUGAUGAUUAGUUUUGGAAAUGGUCCAAGGGAUGUAUUGAUGCCAGCAGCUUUGACUUUCUCUAAAGACAGUUACAUUAAUGCUUUGACCACUGCAGUGCCUGGGGUGUGGGUUUCAGCGGAUCACGUCAGUAUUGUUUGGUGCAAACAGCUAGUAAUGGCAAUCAAUAGAUUCCUGUUUGCCAUUGUAGAUCCAAAGACAGAUCAAAUAAGCGAAGAUCAGCUGAUAUGGAAGUCGAAAGCUAGGCAAUUUUUCCAGGCAAAUAGAUCAAUGUUCUUGAACCCAAAUAUACCUCACAGAAAUGUCACUAUGCUCGCAGAUGCCUUCUGGUAUGAAGACAGCAGGAGAAUCUAUCAAAUAUCACGACCGGAAAUUAAUAGCAAAUAUGCGACGGCUCUCUCUGAGUUAAGUCGAUGGUCAAGCGCAGCUACAAAUUUCGGCAAAAGGAAGUUAGCUACUAUACAUCUUCAUGAUAUUCAAGAGUUACACCCUGAUUGGUCACAUGUUAUAGUAAAAGUAUCACCGACUAGAAAACCGAUAAUUUUGAAUGUUGAUGUAAAUGAUCAUGCAUCGAGACAGAUAUAUGUUGAUUUACCAUCCGAUUUAUCAUUCGGAAAGACAAUUAUAAAACAUGAAACGGAACCGAAUAGUUUGUACUACGAGCUGUUACUUCCUGGUUUUACUGCAGUACACCAAUCUUAUUUACUGUAUGUAGAACCAACGGGUGGAUGUAAGGCGACCCAGUAUCAUGUUUCUGCGGAACUGCAUGUGCCAUGGGCUAAGAAUUAUGAAUAUAGUCAUUUUUUUACCCAUUCGAAGGUAUCGCCGAUGAAAUUACGCCUGUACAUGAGUAAUCCGAACGUUACAUCUGGUGGGGAAGACCAGCCUGUAAAAGUAACGUUGCUCUUAGAUCCACAAUGUUCAUUUACUAUAAGGUCAAUGCCAGUACUGUCAUUUCUUUUCGAGAAUGCCAGUUGGAAUAAUCUGGAGCUUCGAUAUUUUACACAGUCAUUAUUAGUGUUGCCAAUGUAUAUGACAGCGCUGGGUAUAUUGAACGUUGGUGUUGCCGCUUUACUGGCGGUUAUGGUGUUCUCUUCACAGUUGGCCCAUAGAUUGUUGUUUAGGUAGUAAUUUCAAUAGUAUUGUCUUAUACUACUAAUAUUGUAAAUGCGAAAAUUUGUGAGGAUGUAUGAACGUUUGUUACUCUUUCACGCAAAAACUACUGAACGAAUUUUGAUGAAAUUAGCUAUACGGAUUAUCCUUGAGCUAGAUUUCACAUGUAAGACUACUUUUUAUCCCACUAAACAGUUAUAAUUUUGCAAAGAAAAUACGUAUCUAAUAUUUUUCUAUUAUCUGAUUUGGAAGGGUAUCACUAGAUGCUUUAUUCUGAGAUUUUGUGUUAAACAAAAUUAUUUCUUGAUUUCGAAAAUGUACGAGGAAUAUCUAGAAGAUUACGUUUACAAAUUGAUGGCGAAGAUUGCGUCCAAAGUCUGUCGUAUGUUUAAGUCUAAUAAAGAUUUAAAUAAUGAAUCUCAAAUCAGCGUCAAUUCGAAUGAAGUGCAGAGUAAUAUCGAUGUAGUUACAUCAGAAAAAAAUAACGAUAAAAAAGAUGAAGCCAAAGAAAAUGCUGAUAACACCGGUGGAAAUAAUGAAGAUGGAAAAGAAAUCGCUGAUAACAAUGAGGUUGUAGUAGCCCAAUCUGAUGAAAAAGCAGAUGAGAAGGAAGAAAAAAAUUGUAAUGAAAAAUCAAGAAGGAAAGGGAGUGGUGAUAGUUCUACAGAUGAUGAUUUGAAUAACUUAAAUUUUCAUGUGAUGAUGUUCCUUUUGUGGAUUUGUGUGACUUUGGUGAAUUUGCCAGCACUGUUAACAUGGGCAAGAAACUUUACGUGAGUUAAUUUUCUCAAUUUUUUUUGAGAUGUUUAUUUUUCAGUAUAGCAUUGUAAAUACAAAUUUUGUUGUAGAAGUGAAUAAUUUUUAGACUCAAUUAGUUUUGAAUUGUAUGUUUUUUUCUGGGCAACCUAAUUCUAAGAGAUUGUGACAAAAAUGUGCAAGAGCUUUCUAAAGCUUGAUAUUUUAGUACUGGAAGUAUUAACGGCAUAUAAUACUCAGUAUCUAGUGCGGAGGUUAGGUGCUGGAACACCUGGUGGUGAGGGGCAAUGUAAAGUAUGAAAAAUAUUAACACUAUAGUUGCUUAAUAAUAAUUUAAUUAAAUCAAAAUUUUAACUUUAUUUAUGCCCGCGAAAACGCUGCCUAUCAUAUUCAUGACGACACUGUGAUAUAUACACAAACAGAUGAUAGAGUAGAAGAUUAAAAAAUGUCAAUAAAACAAGAACAAUCUAACAAGAUCGAUUAACGAAUAAAAAGACAUAAAUAAGCCAAGAACAGCGCCAUCUAGGAAUUUGAUUUAUAAUUAACGGGUAUAUCUUUAUGACUAACCCGACAGUUGUCGUCACAAUGACGUCACGUAAUGUUGAGACGUGUUUCAAGUCACAUGAGACACAGACAAAAAAUCACGACUUAUUUUAAGAUAAUGAGAUCCAUGCAAUUUUAAGACUCAAAAUCAGAAUCUCUAUGUUUAUAACUAUGUCAAUUUUAGUUUUUGUGCAAUUUCGUGACUUAUUUUCACUACCGAAACUAUCCUAUUGUGAAACGCGGCGACUCAGCAAAUCUUAGAAGUUGGUGUGAAAAUGAGCUUGGAAAAAGAGUUCCGUAAUUGUUAAAAGUUAAUUUAUUGGUAGUUAUUAGUCUUAUUAUUAGAAGUUAGUUCAUAAAAAAUACACAGCCUUUCAUUUAAUUGAACAAACAUAUUCAGCAAUCGGUAUAAGUUUUUUUUUACGCCGCUGCCACCAGGUGUUUAAGCGUCUAACCUAGUUUCUAGUGAUGUAGCCUUAGUAUUUCAAUAUACUGAAAUAUCAAACUUUAUAAAUUUAGUUUUAAGUGAACAUGGAAACUGCAAAGGAUCCGAAACGUCAUGAAAGCAAAUACAAACAUACUGAAUUUUAAAGUUGUUUUUUAAAACAUAUUGAUAAAGACUGUAUUCCAGGUUCAGUAUGGUUUUGAAACCAGAUACAUCGUACCACACUGGUAUGA